AUGAGCGAGUCAUUAGUAGAUUUAUCAUCACCUAUUCCUGCAACUAUAUCGAAUGAUGGUACUUCAACAACAACAACAACUACUACAACAACAGCAACAAAGGAUGAGAAAGAAAAUACAAAGCCACAAUCAGAGACCUUUAGUGUAAAGUCAAUCACGUUUCAGGAUAAGAAGAGAAACAUUGUUACACAGAAGGAGAAUGGUCCUUGUCCAUUGAUUGCCCUUGCAAACGUACUCUCAUUGAGGGGACGUAUCGAACUGCCCGAGAGACCAAUCACCUACGACGACCUGGUGAUGACAAUUGGUUCCUAUCUACUUGAGGAUGCUCCAAAUCAAUUCCAGAAUGGACAAUCACAGUUUGAGCAUGAGAUAAAGAUGAACCAAUCAAUGAAUAUACUGCCAUCAUUGGUCAAUGGACUGAUAUUGGAUAUCAGGUUCACUGGCAUUAGGGACUUUGAUACAAGAUCAUGCGACAUCAAUAUCUUUGACUUGUUGAAUAUUGAGUUGGUACACGGAUGGUUGGUCGAUCCUCAGGAUGUUGAGCUCACCUCCUUGGUCGGUGAAAUGACUUACAAUCAGAUCGUGGAGAAGCUAUACAUGACGCAGCAUCAGAACAAUAAGAAGAAGGAAGGAAGCUCAUCAACAGCGACUUCCCCAUCUAUGCCCACAGCUGCACCAGCUGUAUCAUCAUCAUCAUCAACAUCAACAAGCAAUGGUAAAGAUAAGGAUAAGUCAUUCUUUGAUGAGUUUGAUCCAAUACCAUCAGUUCACUAUCCAUCACUGUCAAGUGAGCCUGCUCCAUCAUCGUCAUCAUCGAGCAGCACGACAACAACUACCACGUCCACGACAUCAACCACAUCGACAUCCACAACGACAACCAGUCCACAAUUAACAAUGAGCGACAAGGCAAAGGCCAAACAACCAAUGGACAAGUUUGGCUUCCCAAGCGAUAUACUCACACCAGAGGAGGAUGCCAUAUACUCUAGUGGAGUGGCCAAGGAUGAUCUGUCUGGCGACAUGCGCAUUGCCCAGUUCCUCAAGGACACAUCCUCUCAGCUGUCCUACCACGGUCUAUGCGAGCUCCACACGCAUCUUGCCGAGGGCCAGUUAUCCAUCCUCUUCCGUAACAAUCACUUCUGCACACUGUACAAAUUCAAUAACGAGCUCUAUCAACUCAUCACUGAUGAGGGCUACAUCAACGAGCCCGUAGUAUGGGAGAGACUGUCCCAGAUCAAUGGAGACACCGACUACCUCCAACAUGACUUUACUCCAUUCUCCAAGAUGGACCCAUUCUCAACAUUCCAUCAAGGCAAGGGCAGUCCUCCACCUGCCAACCCAACAGAGUUCAUGACGGACGAGGAAUAUGCCAAGUACUUGAGCGAGCAACCAACUAAUGCUCAUGACACAGACCGAGACUUUGCAUUGGCACUCCAGUUACAGAAUCAAGAGAACCAGAAGAAGGCCCCAAAGAAGUCGUCAAAGCCAGAUAAGGAUAAAGAGAAGGAGAAGGACAAGGAUGGCAAAGAGAAGAAGUGUAAGCUUCAAUAA